AUGGCGCGCUGCAGCAACGUGCUCCUGGGUCUGCUCAACGCCGGCGUGCUGGUCCUGGCGCUGGCGGUCCUGGGCGGCGGCGUCUGGCUGAGCCACCGCGCCGCCACCACCGACUGCGAGCGGUUCCUGGAGCGGCCCGUCAUCACGCUCGGGGCGCUGCUCCUGGCGCUCUCCGUCGCGGGGUUGGCGGGGUCCCUCUGCCGCGCCUCCUGCCUCCUCUGGCUCUACCUCGUCGCGCUCUUCCUCCUCAUCGCGCUGCUCCUCGUCUUCACCGCCUUCGCCUUCGCCGUCACCAACCGCGGCGCCGGCGCCGUCGUCUCCGGGCGGGGGUUCAGGGAGUACCGCCUCGGGGACUACUCCACCUGGCUGCGGCGACGGGUCGAGAACCACGAGAACUGGGCCUGGAUCCGGAGCUGCCUCCACGACGGCGGGGUCUGCCGGAAGCUCGCGGCCAGGAGGGAGACCCCGCAGCAGUUCGCCACCACCGGCCUCUCCCCGAUCCAGUCCGGAUGCUGCAAGCCCCCAACUAGAUGCAACUUCACCUACAAGAGCGAGACUGUCUGGAUCAAACCUCCCGGCCUCAACUCUACUGAUGACCCCGACUGCAACACGUGGUCAAAUGAUCCGAGUGCUCUCUGCUAUGGCUGCCAGUCAUGCAAGGCUGGAGUGCUCGCGAACCUGAAGAAUGACUGGAAGAAGAUCGCCACCGUCAACAUCAUAUUCCUCAUCUUCCUCAUCGUUGUCUACUCUGUUGGGUGCUGCGCUUUCAGGAACAACCGGCGGGACAACUCACACCCAGCCUGGAAAUGAGAUGCAUGGCGAUGCUUAGGUAAUUAGG